AUGGAAUUAAAUCAAAAGAAAGUUGAGGCCGCAGUUAUCCUCUCCGUGGUAGCAGUAGCAGCCGCCGGCGUGGUCCACCUCAGCCACGGAUAUGCCGGCGAGGGCUACGGCCACGAAGCUGUCGCGUACGCGCCAGUCGCCCAUCUCGCCUAUGAAGCCCAUGACCAUCACGUUGACUAUCAUGUAAGCACUAGCUCAAAGUUUAGACUCACAAACACUUAA